AUGUUCGAUGUGUGGGCGACCUCUCGAGCAGCAGGUUCUCAGGCCUUCACCGAGAGCUGGUCCAGCUCGGAUAGAGAUCAUGCUCCGCAUCAUGGAGGAAGCGUGCGUUCGUCGACGUUCUCCUCGUACGUGGCCGGCGGCAAACGGGGCAGCUCGGCUUCGGCCGUCUCCGCGACAUCCGACAAAGGAGAACUCGUCGACACGUUCAGCAAGCUUAACCCCAAAGUUCUAGUGACAGCCGAAAUUUUUUUCUCAAGAAAUUUGACCGGUGGCUUUUCCUGUAAUGCUAACUGUCUUCAUUUGGAUGCACCGCAAACGCUGUUGGAUAUGAUUACUGGAGAGUUGAUCAAGCUCGGAUACGAAGCAUGGCAACCUCCACUUGGUGAUCCUGGAGUCGUUGAACAUCAACGAAGGCCAGAUCUGUUCUCAACGCCAACUCCGUCGACGACAUGCUCGACGCCGGCAUCCAAACACAAGUAG